AUGUCGUUCUUCUUAAGCUACGCAGAUAGACUUCGAGCAAAGCAUCUAAAACUUUACCAACCGAAGUCAGCAAAAUCAUCAACGUCAACAACCGCCGAGCAGGCAGACUCCAAUAGCUUCAUCAUAAAACGAGAUCGUCGUCGAACUGAUAAAAAUGAAAUCAUUCAAAAUUUUCUUUUGCUUUGGCUUGAUGCUAAAAUUGAUGAAUCCAGUGAAGACUAUCGUAAUUCAAUCAAACAUUUGCAACGUACCGUCAAUACAAUCAAACCAUAUCGAGAUACAGAAGAAUGUAUCAAUUAUAUAUCAGAACUUGAAAAUGAAAAAGCAUUUUUGAUUAUUUCUGGUGCAUUAUGUGAAACUGUUGUGCCACGUAUUCAUAAUAUGGCACAACUCUAUUCAAUUUAUGUGUUCUGUCGAAAAAAAGAAAAAUAUGAAGAAUGGGCAAAAGACUGGCCCAAAGUGAAAGGUAUUUUCACUGAAAUUAUUCCAAUUUGUGAUGCAGUUCGACAAUCUGCUCGACAAUGUGACGAAGAUUCUAUCGUCGUUAAUGCUGUAUCAUCAUUGAAUCAAAUCGAACCAUUGUUCAUGUAUACACAAUUUUUCAAAGAAAUUAUUCUAGAGAUCGAUUUCGAAGGAAUCAACGAACUAGCCGAGUAUGCGCGUGAAAAAUACGCUGGGAAUGACGAGCACUUGGCAAUAAUUGAUGAAUUCGUUCGAGACUAUCGAAGUCAUUUGGAUGAAAAUAACAAGCCUAUUUGGUGGUAUACUCGGGAGUGCUUCAUAUAUCAUAUGCUAAAUAAAGCACUGGCUAAAUUACAAAUAGAAAUUCUUCUUAAAAUGGGCAUCUUCAUUCGGGAUCUACAUCGAAACAUCGAAAAAAUUCAUGCAGAACAGACAAAUGAAAUGUUCGAUUGUACAACAAAAGAAAUUACGGUGUAUCGAGGUAAAGCGAUGACUCAAGAAGAUUUUAAUAAAAUUAAGCAAGGUGGUCUUUUAUCAUUCAAUAAUUUCCUCUCAACAAGUACCGAUCGAACAGUAGCUAUUGGAUUUAUUCAGGAAGGACUCGAGUCUAAUAGUAAGAAAAUUGGUGUUCUAUUCAAAAUGAAUAUUGAUCAAUCGAUUUCAUCAUCAUCAACACCAUUUGCUCGCAUUGACGAAUAUAGUUAUUUCAAGACAGAGAAAGAAAUUCUAUUUUCCAUGCAUACAGUUUUUCGUGUUCAUCAAAUCGAAGAAAAGGAACAUGAUGGGAUCAUAUUUUGGAGAGUAAAACUUUCUCUUACCAAUGCUAGUGAUGAUCAACAACUGGGCACUCUCAUGGAAAGUAUGCGAGAAGAGAUUACUGGUACAGGAUGGCAAAAAAUGGGUUUAUUGUUAUGGAAACUCGGCGAGAAUAAUAAAGCCGAACAAUUGUACAACAUGUUACUCAACGAGGCAUCAAAUGAAAGCGCUAAAUCCUACUUUUAUCACUGCCUUGGAAUGAUUAAGGAUGAUCUAGGACAAUACAAUGAGGCCAUCGAAUUUUAUCAAAAAUCUUUAGAUAUCAAAGAGAAAACUCUCCCUCCGAAUCAUCCCGACUGGGCUCAAUCCUACAACAACAUUGGUUCGGUGUAUUAUAACAUGGGCGAGUACUCCAAAGCACUUUCAUCGUAUGAAAGAGCACUUGAAAUCUGGAAAAUAGCUCUCCCUCCGAAUCAUCCCGACUUGGCUAUUUCCUACAGCAACAUCGGUUUGGUGUAUGAUAAAAUGGGCCAGUAUUCAAAAGCACUUUCAUCGUAUGAACAAUCACUUGAAAUCCGAAAAAUAGCUCUCCCUCCGAAUCAUCCCGACU